AUGACAAUGAGCCAUGGUGUUCUACAAGAUUACCUCAACCAGGUCAAGCAAUUGGUAUCGCAGAACAAGUCUAUUGCGAAAGUGAUGUCGAUUAAUGUGGGUAUGAACCCUCAGAUGAUUGCCAAUUUGCAAAACGAACUAAAUUCCAACCAGGUGAACAUUCGAAAUACUCUAGAGAACUUCUUCUUAUUCAAAGAUGGUAAACAGAAAUCAGAAAGGUUCGCGUUCACUCAGCUUGUGGAAACGUACCUCGUGUUCAUUAGAGAUUUCAACCCGUAUUCCAUUGUGGAAUCCAUCGAUUUGAUCCUUAAUUAUCUCAAUUCAUUGAUAGUAGUGUUCAAUAAUUACGACGAUAUGAGUAAUUCUCUCAUUGGAUGCUUGAUGCUGGAUUUGGAUUUUGGUUAUAAAGUUUGUAAAAUAGUCGAUAAAGUAUUGUGGCAGCAAGGGAUCAACAGGAACUAUCCGAUCUUGACCAAGUUAUCAAUUUAUUUAUCAAAGCUUUUCAACGAUUGUAAAAAAAACCAAACAAGAAAUCCCAUCAAGAAAUCAAUAUUGUUGAAGAUCUCAAAUUAUAUGUUGAUGAUAUAUUUCGUGAUUGACCAACCGUUGAAUUGUGCCACGAUUUUCAUCACUAACCGCCAUAACUUCAAAACUUUGCGAGGCUCAGACUUUGGCAAAGCAGACGUGAUAAAAUACCGUUAUUACCUAGGAAAGUUCUUGAUUUUGAACGACUUGUACAGGCCUGCUUUAAUACAAUUCACCUACUGUUAUUCGAAAUACCCAAUCACCCAUAUGAGAUCGCAAAAUUUCGAGAAUAUUUUGGAGUUACUAAUCGUGAUGUUAUUAUCUAAUGGCUACCAUCCACAGAGUCAACUAAUAAUGAAGUUCCAAAACCCAAAGCUAAGAAAUCUAUACAGUCUGUUGGUAUAUGCGGUGAAAUCGGGCAAUGUGAAAGAAGUCAAUAGGAUUAUCGAUACCAGUAUGGACUAUUUACGCCACAAAGGGCUUUAUAAUUUGUUACUUCGAAAUUUGACAAUACUCACUUAUAGAAAUCUUUUUUACCAAACUUUCAAAAUCCUUAAUAAUGGCAAUGUCAUCGAAAACUACACUGCUACUUUGCAAUACUCCAGUUUCUUGGUAGGGUUGAAAGUUCUGGAAGACUCUUAUGCCAGCAAAACUGUCGAGGAACAGUUGCAACAUGUGGAGGAAAUCUUGGUUUCUUUGAUUGAUAAGAAAUGGAUCAAAGGGGUGAUUUUCCCAGGAUCUUCAAGAAUUGCCUUGAGUAAAAAAGGUAAUGCCUUCCUGCCCCCAUUGACAAAUGUGAAUCCUCGAAAUGAAUAUGAUUGGCUAGAUAAAUAA